UGGAGCUGCCGAGAGACGGCCAACCGACAGCCAGUCUGUCUGUCUGUCUGUUUGGACAAACUGACGCUGAAGAGAAAGAGCAAAAAGUCUUCAGAGGGAGUCAAACCAAAGCAGCAGGAGGAGCAGAAAUCAGAAAAAGUGGAGGCACUCGAGCAGGAGGAGAGCUGAGUCUGCACAUUCUGCUCUAAAGCUCCUACAGACGUGUUUGAUUUCAGGUUUCUGGAUCCUCAAAAGUUGUUCCUCAGCUUUAUCUCGGAGGAGCUGGACUGACAGAAACCCUCAGUCGGCACACCCGGGGAAGGUUUUUAAUCUGAAAACCACAUCAGCCGGAUUCCUCUGAUUGUUUCUGCGGAUACGUGACGUGGAGAUGGAGGCACGGAGACUGGUAACGUUUAGAUUCCUGAAAGAGUGACAAAGAGGAAAAGAUGGGAGCGAGAGGGGGAGGAUGAAGGAGGGUGAGACAUUUUUGACCUCCACAUGGCUUCAGCCAGAGAGCGAACCACCAGAGAGUCGCAGCUGAAGUUCAUUUUCCUGAAUGGAGAAAAGAGUGAAGCAGAUAACCGAUGCCGAGUGCGCCUGUGUGGAUUUCUCUGAGAGCAAAACUGACUCUGAACAAGCAGAAAGUGACUGAUUCAAAAACAAACACUCAUAUUUUAAAAUAAAAAGAAAAAAGAGAAGGAAAAAUCUCAUGAGAGUGGAGAAUGAACUGAAUAAACCCUGACCUGCGUACAGGUGUGCAGUGUGCAGGCAUGCAGCUGAACCGACCUCGCAGCACUCUGCUCAGCCUCCCUGCUCCUCCUGCUCCCUCCUUCUCCAGUCAGUUCAGCACCAUGAGGUUCUCCUACCACCUCAACACGCCACCACAUGGCAGCCGCAGCGCCACCUGCAGGACAGGUCCCUCCUCCUCCUCCAGUCCCAGCUUGCUGACUAAGAGCCUCUCUCUGGAGCCGUCCUGCUCACCGUGCGGCCACCUGGGGGCGCUGGAUGCCGACUCUUCGCAGCAGCCGAGCUCUGACCCGGGGCCGAGCUCUGACCCGGGGCCAAGCUCUUCCACAUCAGGUCCCGCCUCCUUGGAGGGAGGGGCAGAGCUAGCAGAACGCCGUGGCUCUGCGAAUGGGCUCCUGCUGGUGAAUGACACGGGGCCGCCGGAGCUGCCAGCUACCACAAUUACACCACCGAGCAAGAGCAGGCCGCCGCUGCCGGGACCUAAACCUCAGGUGCCACCGAAACCCCCCCACCUCCAGCAGCAGACAGGGGUUUCCAGGCCGCGCCCCCGAGCACCAGAAAAGCCCCUCCCACCUACACCCCCCUGCAAACCCCUCCCAGCGGACCCUCGGGCAGGCCGACCUCCACCUAUUCGUGCAGACGGCACCGCCUCCCCCACCUGUGUCUUGUCACUCAUCGAGAAGUUUGAGCGGGAACAGAUCAUUGUGGUUCCUGACAUCACUGGUGGGGCGCUGUGUCCCCGCCUCUCCGACCCCCCCUCCUCCCUGUCAUCCUCCCGACCUUCAUCACCAGCAUCAUCACUGGCCCCGCCCCUCCCUGAAGAGGAGCCGUCCUGUGAGCUCACGAGCCACGACGACAUCACACAGGGGGAUGAGGGUGGGCCUGAGGGUGAGGAUGAGGGGGGAGUGGGUGAUCUACCUGAUGAGGAAGAUGACAAUAAUGGCGAUGACGUUGAUGACGAUGAAGACGAUGAUGAUGAAGAGCUGGCGGCUGCUUGCCGGGACGAUCACCAUCACAAGCGUCUGUCCAUGGAGUCGGGUUACAGCCCCUCAGAGAAACAUGUAGAGGAUGAUGUGGUUGCCGUGGAAAUGAGGGAGCAGCAGCUGCAGCCGGCACUGCUUGACCAAUCAGAGUUGCCCUCCGAGCGUCUGUCCCUCCCCUCCUCGCAGACGGACGGCAAGCUGGCCAAUCGAGACAGCGGCAUCGACAGCAUCAGCUCUCCCUCGCACAGCGAGGAGCUCUGCUUCGCGGGUGUGGAUGAUGGGGGCGUGGCCUAUCAGUGCAGCCCCGCCCUUUUGCCCAGACUCUCCAGCUCAUCCUCGUAUGCUGGGGAGGGAGGUGAGGGGGAGGGGGAAGAGGGGGACCCGAGGGCAGGUGCGAGGCGGAGGAGGGAGUUUUCAGAGGAGGGAGACAGCGACCUGGAGGAGGAGGAGGCGGAGCUAACUCUGGUGCUGGCCCCUCCCAAGACAGACCGACAGGACUCUGCUGAGAUGUCUGUCCAGCAGAGGGUCUUCAACAUCGCCAAUGAGCUGCUGCACACAGAGAUUGCCUACGUCUCAAAGCUCCACCUGCUGGACCAGGUUUUCUGUGCCAGACUCCUGGAGGAGGCUCGGUCUCGCUCCUCCUUCCCCUGUGAUGUCGUUCUGGGGAUCUUCUCCAACAUCUGCUCAAUCUACUGUUUCCACCAGCAGUUCCUGCUGCCGGCGCUGCAGAAACGCAUGGAGGAGUGGGACUUAAACCCGCGGAUCGGUGACAUCUUACAGAAGCUGGCCCCCUUCCUGAAGAUGUACGGCGAGUACGUGAAGAACUUUGACCGAGCCAUGGAGCUGGUGAACAUCUGGAUGGAGAGAUCGACUCAGUUCAAGACCAUCGUUCAGGAGAUACAGAGGGAGGAGCGCUGUGGGAACCUGACUCUGCAGCACCACAUGUUGGAGCCGGUUCAGAGGAUUCCUCGCUAUGAGCUGCUGCUCAAAGAUUACCUCCACAGGCUGCCAGAGGACGCCCCGGACUACAGGGACGCCCAGAAGUCUCUGGAGCUGAUCGCCACAGCAGCCGAACACUCCAACGCUGCCAUCAGGAAGAUGGAGCGAAUGAGGAAGCUGUUGAAGGUGUACGAGUUGUUGGGAGGAGAAGAAGACAUUGUUAACCCAACUAACGAGCUCAUUAAAGAGGGACACAUCCUCAAGCUGUCCAAUAAGAACGGGACCACGCAGGACAGAUACCUGAUACUGUUCAAUGACAGGUUACUGUAUUGCGUCCCGAAGCUGCGUCUGAUUGGUCAGAAGUACAGCGUCCGAGCCCGAAUCGACGUGGACGGCAUGGAGCUGAAGGAGACGAGCAGCGUCGCUGUCGCCAGGACGUUCCUGGUGUCGGGGAAACAGAGAUCCCUGGAGCUGCAGGCCAGGACGGAGGAGGAGAAGAAAGACUGGAUCCAGGCCAUCCAGGCGACCAUCCAGAGGCACGAGCAGACGAUGGAGAGUUUCCGACACUUGAACUGUUCACUCCGAGAUGAUGACUCCACGCCGCCUCACUCUCCGAGCUGUGCUGAGCUGGGGAAAAGAGCUCCGACUCCCAUCAGAGAGAAGGAAGUGACUCUGUGCAUGAAGUGUCAGGAGCCAUUCAACUCCAUUACCAAGAGGCGCCACCACUGCAAAGCCUGUGGACACGUGGUUUGUGGGAAAUGCUCGGAGUUCCGCGCUCGCCUGUCGUACGACAACAACCGAGCCAACCGCGUUUGCAUCGACUGCUACGCCACGCUCGUGGGCGUGUCGCCGUCUCCCGCCGGGCUGACCAGCAGCAGCCACAGAAGGCGCUCCAUCCUGGAGAAACAGGCCUCGUUGGCAGCAGAGAACAGUGUGAUUUGUAGUUUUCUGCAUCACAUGGAGAAAGGAGGAGGGCGGGGCUGGCAGAAAGCCUGGUUCGUCAUCCCCGAGAACGAGCCGCUGGUGCUCUACAUCUAUGGAGCUCCACAGGAUGUGAAGGCGCAGCGCAGCGUGCCUCUGAUUGGUUUCGAGGUCUCUCUGCCCGAGUCGUGUGACCGCCUGGAGCGACGGCACGCCUUCAAGAUCUCCCAGAGCCACCUGACCCUCUACUUCAGCGCCGACGGGGAAGAGCUGCAGCGGCGAUGGAUGGACAUCCUGUCCAGGGCUGGGAGGGGGGAGGAGCUUCAGUUCCACCGACCAAUUGUGGAGAGUCUUGAGGAGGAGGGGGAGGAGUUUGCAGCUGUGGCAGAGGAAGAAAACACGUGAUUCUGUAGGACAAGGAAUGAUGGCGAUGAUGAAGAUGGGGGCCUUUAAAUGAGGAUCAGUUGGAAACCAGAAAACAAAACAAACUGUUGUAGCUAAAA